UUCUUGUGCCCGGAGGUUUGUGUGUUUUUACGUGCACAGAUCGGCUUAUAUCCCUCUCAAACUGUUUGUUUACAUUGUGUCCGUGGCUGAUUCUCGCUUGGGAAUAAAUACUGUUGCACAAUAUUUUUUUAGGGGAGGAACACGUUGUUUUAGUCCUGAGCUGUAUGCAGUAUUCACCUGUGUUUCUGUGUAGGUUUUAUUAGAUGUUCUGCAGAUGUUUGUUGAGGAUUUGCAGAUCUUAUUUGUGGUUUUUGAGGGAAGCCACCGAGUGCUGAAUGUGCCACACAGAGACCUGAAUAUUCACACUCCAGAAUAAUUCCCCCUUAAGACUGUUAAGGCAAUAAUUAAUUCGAGGGACAGAUUUUUUUCAUUUAAUUUUUCGGUUUCGCUUACUUGUCCUUGUGCAAGAGUGGCAUAAUCAGUCAGGAAAUACUUCUGUAUUAAAAAGAUCCGUUGUAUUAAAAGAAUGUGAGAGCAUGCACCGAAGCAAUCUUAAAAAUAACAGUUACACUAUGAUUACUGGUUUUCAUUUUCACUCAUGCUUGAAUAAAUCCCCCCAUACCUUCCCUGGAUACUGAUUCCUGUGAUCGCAAGGCUUUAUUAUCUCCUGAUUGCUUUCCAGAUUAUUUGAUUGCUCUGUAAAUCUCAUAUAGUAGUGAGUUUUGCAUAGCCAGUAAAGGUUAUAUAUGUGAGAUGUUACUGAUAUAGUUCCCAUUUUCUCCCCCAGUUGCCCUACUGACUCCUGGUCUGUGUAGAGCAAAAUUGGGUCUACAGAGGUUUUUUUUAGUGUUAGCACAACUGUUAUUAUCUCUAGAUCUAAAUACAGCGUGGAAACAGUAGAAAGAAAGAUGUGCAGCUGUGUGAAAACUGACUGCUAUGAGUUUGGCAUCAUUAUUUUGCAAUAUGCAACUGUCUGGAAAUCAUGCCAGUGAUGAUUAACGGAGCUGAUAAGCUUGGAAGGACAUAAUUUUGAAGGAUUGGGCAAUUUGGAACCUGUUCUCAUUUCUCAUCUCCACCUAAAGCUCCAGGUUAAAACCAACAAAAUUGCUUGUUUUUACUGACACAUUCUUGCCAGCUAAAAUCUUGUUUUCAUGAUCACUGAGGUAAAGCCCAGAUUUUAAACGCAGACAAUUAAUGGGUUGGUUUACUUGAGAGUCAGCCAGGGAAUUUAAAGACAAUUGACUUCAGUCGCUAUGUACUGCAUUUCUGGUUUCUGCUUCUGUAAUAUUACAGAAGAUUCACCUUACAGGCGCAGAGUUCAGUUCAGGUUUACAUGCUUUGUCUGCCCUGUGUAUACGCUUAAGGAGCUACAUAGUUUAAAAUGCAAUCAUCCAAUUUUAUUAAAGAUUAAAAUUGGUGUUAUCAACCUUAAGUUUCCCAUGUUUUAAUAAAUCCUUGUUCAGCCUUAUAUUUUUUAAAACAAGUGGUCGCUUGGAAACUGUUCCAACCAGUCUUGCCAUGUUCAGUCUUUUUUUUCUUUUUUCUGAACCAGGUCAACUGGCAGCACGUUACGUUUAAAUGCUAAAGCUUCAGCUAAGCUGAUUUGAAUACAGUUAUCACUAAGAUCUUGAAGGAAGCCACACGGGUUCCACUUCUGUCAGCAAAGAAUAGGAAACCGAGGCAGCAGUUUACAUGAGCUCACCAAAAUUGGAAAAUGACAGAUUACAAAUUUGUUGUUUGGCCUGAUGGAUCUCAUUGUGUCAUUCAGAUGGUGGGGUCACAAUUAAAUAGCAUGAAAGCAUGGAUCCAUCCUGCUUUGUAUCAAUGGUUCAGGCUGGUGGUGUAAUGGUGUGGGGAUAUUCUCCUGGUGCACUUUUGGCCCCUUAGUACCAAAUGAGCAUCUUUUCACCACCACAGUCUACCUGAGUAUUGUUGCUGAUCAUGUCCAUCCCUUUAUGACCACAGUGUACCCAUUUUCUCAUGGCUGCUUCUGGUCAGGAUAAACCGCAGUGUCACAAAACUCGAAUGAUCUCAAACAAGUUUCUUAAACAUAACGAUGAGUUCGAUGUACUCAAAUGGCUUCCACAGACAUCAGAUCUCAAGCCAAUGGAGCAUCUUAGGGAUGUACUACUGACAAAUCUGAAGCAACUGUGGGAAGCUAUCAUGUUGAUAUGAUCAGAAUGUCUGACGAGUGUUUCCAGGAUUUAUGCCAUGAAGAAGUAAAGCAGUUCUGAAGGCAAAACAGGAGUCCUCCCUAUUUGUGAGGUGUACCUAAUAAAGUGUCCGGUGAUGGCGUUAUUCUGACGAGUGCUCUGAGAAUUGUUUUUUGUAUUAACCCAAACUACACCCCAACCUUCUCCCUUUUCUCUAUCAAAAGAGCACAGCACUUUUUCUUGCAUUUUUUGGAAAUCCAGAAGAUGCCACCAGGAUUCCUUUGUUAUUAGAGCCUCAGGCAGUCUUGCAUGAGGUCAAUUAGCAAUUCCGAGCUCCUGUGUUUCGUCUGUCAUGAUGAUGAUGAUGAUGAUGAUGAUGAUGAUGAUGAUAAUCACAGUACCUGACUCUCUCCAGUGAGGGCAAACAUCUCUUCAAUCAAGGGGUAUUUCUGAUAGCUCUGAGUAAUUUUCUCCUGUUUCUCCAUGCUGCGCUUCCUGAGCAAUAUAUUACAUUCACAUGUUCACACGAGGCUAUAUUUAAAGCGUGACAUCAACACCUAUGAAAAGUCAUGAACAUUUCUGUUCUCAUUAAAGCUUGUUAGUCACUGUGGCAAACUUUGCCACCAAUUUGUCACACAGAGCUCAGUUUGAAAAGUUCUGAAUAAAUGUAUUUGUGUUUUUUAGAAAGCAAACAACACUGGAGUUUUGUUUUUUUUCUCCUUUCUCCCCUCAUACGUAAUGCUGGAGAAUACCGGAUGCCUGAGGCUUGAGCUGUGCUGAUGUGUGAAUGAGGUCAGCAAAAAACCAUAUUCGAGAAGAGUUGGGCUACAGCCUCCUACCUGCCGAGUGCUAAUUAUAAUAAGUCGGGAGGCCGCCUUCAGUCUCUCUUCCUGUCACCCUGUUUGCCGGAGGAAGCAAACCGUCUCCGCCAAGGAGUUUACAUAUGUACGCGGCCGUCUUCCUCACACUGACUCAUGUUCUAAUACUGACGAGGAGUUAGUAAGCUUUACUCAUGUGGCUUGAAUGCAUCAUGCAAUCUGCUAGACAGCACCAGUGUUUGUCGCACAUAGUGUCUGCGUCUUAUAUAAACACACUAGUUCUGACUGUCUGCUAUGUCUGCUGUUGAGACAUUUCCGUUAUGUGUGUGUGAGUCUGUGUGUGUUUCCAGCUAAUGGUUAUCCAGACAUCAUCACAAGCCCCAAAACUGCUUGAGUCUUCCAGAUAAGUGAUGUUACUGUAAAAAAAACAAAAAAGGCCUUCCCAAUUCAGCCUCUUAGUUACCCCGGGCUUACAGGGCCACAGAGACCAGUCUGAGUGAAGCUUCUUAGUUUUGAAAGUUUUCUUUGUGUUAUGAAAUACUUUGUUAUUUUAAUGUAACUGAUAUAAUGUUAUAAUUAGGAUGCAAUUCCUUAGCGACGUGACUGCCCCCCACUGGAAAUGUGGUAUAUUGUGUCAAAUGAUCUAAUAUGAAGAGAAAUACUGCUGACUGGCAAAAGCCUUGAUUGAAUUCGAUUAGAAAGUGAAGGCGAAAACCCCAACAGGCAGUCUAAUUAGGGAUUUGACGAGAUUGUCCAGUCAAAUUUUAAAAUGAUCCCUGCUUUGAAUUAAAUUCUGAUGCCGCCAUAAUAACAAAAAUGAAAGUACUGUAGAGAUGAUGUGCACGCUGUAUUUGUGACACAUUUAAAAUAUAAUGUCGUCUUAUGGGAUGCUGGAAAAGUACCAAAGGGGUUUUUUGGGAUGUUAACCUGACAAAGAAAGAUUCCAAACGUAGCUUAUAGGUGAGAUAAUAAUCGCAUGGCGAGAAAAUUGUCUUGCAAAAGCACAGAGCGUACCUUUCUGUUGCUGAACGACUAAGGAAUGUAGCCUAAGAAAAAUUGAAAGAGAAACUCAGGUCGGGGUGUUGGCAAAACAGCUACGCCUGUGUUUGACAAGGUGACGCACAGAAAUGAGAUAAACGGCCAACACACACAGUAUGACCUCCGCUUACAAUCAGGCAGAUGUGUACACAUACACACAGGGAGAUACAGACGCAGAGGGUAAUUCUGAAACCUCAGAACAUGCCAAUCCAGUUUUUCAGAAAAGGUUUUCCCUCCACCUUCCAUCAAGAUACAGUUUCAAGACGGAGAAAUAUUUAGCUGCAGGACAGGGUUAAACACAAGAGAGGCUCUGUUACCUGGUCAGCACUUUGAAAUGCCAGGAUUUACCGCAGCACAGGUUUCCUUUGGACGGGACCACAACAAAGACAACAGGAUAGUGGAUUAACUUUAAUCCUAUCAGGACUUCCUAUGUAGGACCCUGCUAACCAACACCUGCAUUAAGGAAAGAACUCAAAAGGAGCGAUACCACAUGGCCUUUCUGGGCCGCCUCCUCGGACUGUCCAUUAGCCGCUCCGGCUUCUGCUUGUUACCACAAUAUCAGGCUGGCAUGGAGUGCGUGCCAGAAAUGACAAAAUAGUUUUUUUUUUGGUUUCUAUACUGGACAGAAAAAAACUGGGGACUAACUGAGCUGCAGAUGUCAACAGGAAUGUCUGAAAGAAGCAAAGGAAGAUAAAAACCCAGGAGUGGCGCAAUGAAUCAAAGAUGAUCAAUAAUCUGAACGUGGAUUCAGGCACCUAAAUAUCUUUGUUUCUUUUUGGUUAUAUCACGGAAAAGUGCCCCUGAGGUUAUAGCUAGAAUAUGUUGAUGUGCUUCGGGAGUCGCAAGCAAACUCGAGACCGGCACGAGAUCCAGUGGAGUGAAAAGGACCGUUUACUCGACGAUGAGACCCACAUCCUUUCAAACCCCUGCUUCCUAGACACAGACUCUUUUGUCAACAGCCAGGAAUGGACAUUGAGUCGAUCAGUGCCGGAGCUGAAAGUGGGGAUUGUGGGAAACCUGUCCAGCGGGAAGUCUGCCUUGGUUCAUCGAUAUUUGACAGGGACAUAUGUGCAAGAGGAAUCGCCUGAAGGUGGACGUUUCAAGAAAGAAAUUGUGGUGGAUGGACAGAGCUACUUACUUCUGAUCAGAGAUGAAGGGGGGCCUCCAGAAUUGCAGUUUGCUGCCUGGGUGGAUGCAGUGGUUUUUGUUUUCAGCCUGGAGGAUGAGAUCAGUUUCCAGACGGUCUACAAUUACUUCUUGCGCCUUUCCAGCUACAGGAACACAGCAGAGGUCCCCAUGGUUCUCGUUGGAACACAAGAUGCAAUCAGUGCUGCCAACCCCAGAGUGAUUGAUGACUCACGGGCCAGAAAGUUGUCAAAUGACCUGAAGCGCUGCACGUACUACGAGACCUGCUCCACCUACGGCCUGAAUGUGGAGAGAGUCUUCCAGGACGUUGCCCAGAAGGUUGUGGCCAUGAGGAAAAAGCAGCAGCUCUCUAUUGGUCCAUGCAAAUCACUCCCGAACUCUCCCAGCCACUCAUCAGUCCCCGCUGCAUCGAUCCCCUCUGUUCACAUUAACCAGGCGGCCAAUGGUGGGGGUGCAUUCAGCGACUACUCCUCCUCCGUUCCCUCCACCCCCAGCAUAAGUCAGCGGGAGAUGCGCAUUGAGACCAUCGCUGCCUCCAACACGCCCACGCCCAUCCGCAAGCAGUCAAAGCGCCGCUCCAACAUUUUCACAUCACGGAAAGCCAGUGAACAAGCAAAGAGCGUUGACAGUAAAACAGACAGCAUAGGCAGUGGAAGGGCCAUACCUAUCAAACAGGGAAUCCUUCUGAAGCGAAGUGGCAAAUCCCUCAACAAGGAGUGGAAAAAGAAAUAUGUCACACUGUGUGAUAAUGGCGUCCUCACUUACCACCCCAGUUUACAUGACUACAUGCAGAAUGUGCACGGAAAAGAGAUAGACCUGCUGAGGACAACAGUUAAGGUGCCUGGGAAGCGACCGCCCAGAGCAGUGGCCACCGUCGCCCCCACUGCUAGUCCCAAAACCAACGGGCUGACCAAGGACCGCAGCACUUUGCAGCUGGGCAUAGGAAACACAGGCGCUUCUCACUCCAACAGCAGCACAUCCCUCCAAACGGGCGGGUCGGCGUUUGGCGGCAGUAAAGAUGGCAUGCACCAGCGCUCCUUCUCUGUGUCCAGCGCCGACCAGUGGAAUGAAGCCAUCAACACCAGUACAAGCAGCGGAGCCCCUAACGGGACGAGUGAUCCGACCGGUUCGAGUGUGGGCAGUGCAACGAGUCCUAAACUUGAGCCACCUCCCUCGCCACACGCAAACCGCAAGAAACACAGACGGAAAAAGAGCACAGGCAUCACAAAGCCAGAUGGCUUAUCCGCAGGGAAUGAAGAGCAAGAGGAUUCCUUUGAGUUCGUGAUUGUGUCGUUGACGGGUCAGACGUGGAACUUUGAAGCGUCCACGUAUGAGGAGAGGGAACUGUGGGUCCAAGCUAUCGAGAGCCAGAUUUUUGCCAGCCUGCAGUCUUGUGAAAGCAUAAAGAACAAGUCUCGGUUGGGCAGCCAAAGUGAUGCAAUGGCCAUUCAGUCCAUACGAAACGUGAGGGGGAAUAGCUUCUGUGUGGACUGUGACGCACCAAACCCCGACUGGGCCAGUUUGAACUUGGGUGCCUUGAUGUGCAUCGAAUGCUCAGGCAUCCACAGGAACCUGGGCACCCACCUGUCUCGCGUGCGCUCUCUUGACUUGGACGACUGGCCGGUGGAGCUCAGCAUGGUGAUGACUGCCAUCGGUAACGCAAUGGCCAACAGUGUGUGGGAAGGCGCUUUGGAGGGGUACACCAAGCCAGGGAGCGACAGCACCAGGGAAGAGAAGGAGCGCUGGAUCCGAGCCAAGUACGAGCAGAAGCUGUUCCUGGUGGGACUGCCCCAGUCAGAUGUGCCUCUGGGGCAGCAGCUGCUUCGGGCGGUGGUGGAGGAUGACCUGAGGUUGGUGGUGCUGCUGCUGGCCCAUGGCACCAAGGAGGAGGUUAAUGAGACCUACGGGGAUGGAGAUGGACGCACCGCUCUGCACCUCUCGUGCGCUAUGGCCAAUGUAGUCAUCACACAGCUGCUCAUCUGGUACGGUGUGGAUGUGAAAAGCCGAGAUGCCCGCGGCCAAACGCCGCUGUCCUACGCUCGGCGGGCUGUGAGCCAGGAGUGCGCGGACAUAUUACUCCAACACGGUUGCCCCAACGACACCAGCAGCCUGACCUCCGUGCCCACGCCCAACAUGAGCCGCCGCAACCCCAACAUCAACAACAACAAUGCCCAGUGUGAGCUCAACCGCAGUAUCAGCAUCAUGUAGGAGCCAGAAAGCAGCUGCAGACGAGCACCCACCUAAACCCACCCUUGUCUCCUCCCAGUACUUCCUCCUCUGUUUCUCACACUGUGUAACCCAAAACCAGUACGCACGGAUAGGUAUCAGGAGUGACGGACCUACUGCAGAUAUUCCACCGCGCUGACAGAAGCGGGAGCGUUUGGGGUUUCGGACAUUGUACAUUGUUUAUUUUAUAUUAUUAUUUUUUAUUCCUGUUGUUUGUUAAAUUUAUUCAAUCUCGGUCUGAAGUGAUCACGAUGAGCUUUAAGCUUUUUUGUUUUUUAAGCGUCAACCAAACAAAUGACUUACUUUGGCAUUCAUACCUACUCUACGAAAAGCAUUUCCUUAAUGCUUGAACAUUUCCUUUUUAUGUCUUCCCCUUCUGCGAUGUGAACUGAUUAUACAGUGUGAAUGAGAAACUUCCUUCAAAUUUCCAAUCCUAAGUGUAAUAACAUAAAACUGUAAAGAAUAGUUUUAGAAGUGACAAAACACUGAUGUGGGAAAGAAACUAAAUCUCUCUUGAUAUCAGUGGCUGUUGCAGGCUUUCGUAAUGAUGCAUGUCUUCAACACAGCUAUCAAACUCUUGACAUACUAUUCAUAUACAAAGGCAAAGCAAUUAUAGUUAAAGAGUCCAAAUGAUUUAGAUACUUAAUUUACAGGGAAAUGGAUUCAGAUCAUCAUAAAGGAGUUGAUUGCACAAUUCCUAUCGGGUGAAAUUGAGUCAUUUCCUUCGCCACCCUUAUUGUGAUGCUCGGGUAAAAGUGUCCGUGACUACAAAGGAAUUAAAGGGCAUAAUGUUUUAUGACCAGUGAGCCACAUGGCUUUGUACGCGUUCCUCUUCAAUCAGAAUUCAUUCAGAUUCAAAGGUUUGAUUAAAGCAGUGAAAUUGUGCCAUUACAAUCUUUUUGUUGGAGUAAUUUCCCAAAUGACAAGAUUGUGUUGAUAAUUGACACAGAUUCGCGCAAUUUCAUCCCGUGAGCGUCCUGGAAUAUCCACUCGCCUCCUGGGGCCGAAGGCUGUCGUAUUUGGUACUCUAAAGAAGACUUCCUCUGUUGUUGCUGUGAAAUGCAUAUACUGGUACUGUGUGUGUGUGUGCGCGCGCGUGUGCGUCCGUACACAACGCUACGAUACGUUUGUGCUCGCGUGUUCGUGGGCAUUUCUGUUGUUGAAAGGGCGCCGGAGAGGAGACAGAAACUGUCAGUGACGAUUUGGGAUCAUAACUGUGUAACAAUGUACAGACCACUGUAAAAAGUAGUUCUUCUUCCUUUGCCUUAUUCCUUAUAAGAAGUUUGAACUUAGUCGAUGAGAAGCAGCCUUUUACCUUCUCCUUAAACCUCUGUGCUCUCCCCCUGAGAACCUGUCAGCCCGAAAGCAGGGAGCUAACAACGCGCAUUCACGUGACUGACGUGAGACAUUUAGGGAUUCAAAUGAGCAAAGAUGUUCAUAUAUAUAGAGAGACGAGUAUAAUUAGUUUGCAUUAUUACAAAUGUACAGUAUUCCACAGACGUGAUAAGCCAGCUCAUUUAGAGUAAGUGGGACUAGAUGGAGUCGGCACAAUGUGGGUGUAUUUCUCCUUUUAUUAAACUGCCAUUUGUGAGGUUUUAAAACAUCUUGAUUUUACGUGUUUACAUAGGCAGAAUGUUUGUUUACAGAGCAAGUUGUGAACUUGGUACCUUAUCUACAUGGUUUUGUUGUUGCGUUACAGUAUUCCUGUUUUCAGAGCCUACUGAAAAUGACCAUGGGGUCAAAAGAGGGUUUUAUUCAUCCAGGCGAUGGAGAUACUGUAAAGGAAAGUUUUGACAUUUAAAAAAAAAAUAUGCUUAUUUGCUUUCUUGAUGGGAAGAUUGUGUACAGAUGUUUUUCCAGAGCAGCCAUAUGAAGUAGUUAUCAACCACAUUUGGUAAAGGUUCUACUUAGGUACAUUGCACCUUGUUUACAGAGCCGUUACCACGAUGGAACUAGGCUUAAUAAAGAAGUUACUCCAUACGUCCCUAUAUUUCUGGGGUUUCUUGCUCUGGAGUUUAUGCACACCUAACAGUCGUAUCGAUCCUCCUGUCUUCCUCCCAGCAAGAGGCGCAUAAGCAUAUUUAAUAAAAUGUCAAAUUAAUCUUUGAAGACAUCCCCAAAAGAAAUCAAACUGACUUCUUUGAAUUUACUAGUACUGUAAUGUGAUACUGGCCUUAUUUCUGAUCUUUACUUGACCAACCUGUUUCAUUGAGUGCAUUUUGUUGUCCAAGGGGAUCAGUAAGAGGAGUUAAGCGUGUACAGUGAUUACCCUUAUUUACAUACUGUAGAUGAUUUUAAAAAAACACUAGAAAUCUGCCUGUUUUUCCCCUGAAAACAAGAUGAAGUGUAAAUAUUAGCUUAAUGCUUUUAUCUGAAGACAAACUCCUGAACUGAAAUGGUUUUCGGUCUUCCUGACCAACAAACCGUAUUUUGAUAUGUUUUGUUUUGUUUGUUUGUUUCUUCUUUGGCAUAUUUUUUUAAGGUACUUCUGUUUGGCCUUGCCGUUAACCGACCAUCUUUGGUACUUGUGUAUAAUGAUGUACAUUUAACAUAUUUAUAAUGCAGUAUGUAAAUAUAUUUUCUUGUUUUUGUUUUGUUUUUUGCUCAUUUUCCUAUUGUAAUUCCUUUACAUUCAGAACGUGAAUCAAAAGCUAAAGAAUAACUUGUUGUAUGCUUGGAUGCUUGGCUGACAGUUGACCUAUUAAUAAACACUCAAAUAAAAACGAUGUAGCCUUCCCUGGAUUUAGGGAAAUCAA